GCUCUAGCUAGCCAACAAUUAACCUUCACCGACGUAGUAAGCUCGCCCGGUAACAUGGCCAAGGCCGUGUUCCUGAUCCUAGUCGUCGUGCCCUUCCUCUCCCUGCUGCCCUUCUCCUCCCUCGCCCUGACCCAGGACUUCUGUGUUGCCGACUUGAACAUGAGCGACACGCCGGCCGGCUACCCGUGCAAGCCCCAGACCGCCGUAAUCGCCGAUGACUUCUACUACGGCGGCCUGGCCAGGCCCGGCCCGAACAUCAGUCCCUUCAUGGUUCGCUUGGUCUCCGCCUCCGUUAAUGAGUACCCCGCCGUGAACGGGCUUGGCAUAUCCGCCUCGCGUUUCGACGUCGCCCCGGGCGGCGUCGUGCCGCUGCUCACCCACCCGGAAGCCUCCGAGCUCCUCUUCGUCGUCGAGGGAACCAUGGUCGCGGGCUUCAUCAGCGCCGCGACAAACACCGUCUACAUCAGGACGUUGAACAAGGGCGACACCUUCGUUUUCCCACAGGGCCUGCUGCACUUCCAGUAUAACAACGGCACGACGACGGCGGUGGGGCUCUCUGCGUACAGCAGCUCCAACCCCGGUCUGCAGGUCGUCGAUUGGGCGCUCUUCAAAAACAACCUGCCGUCGGCCGUCGUGGAAAAGGUCACAUUCCUGGACCUCUUCGAGAUCGAGAAGCUUAAGCGGCUGUUCGGUGGGAGCGGCUAGGUCACUCAUUCUCCAUCGGCCGGCAGGGUUAAGUUGCUCCUAGUUGUGGUGUGACAAUAAUUUGCGCGCGUGCGUUCAUGCAGUACCUGUCAUUUGA